AUGGCGGCGGCCGCGCAGCUGCUCCGCGGGGUUGCCCGGGCCGCCUGCGGGCCGCCCGCUCUCGCCGCCGCGGCAGGGCGGCGGGCGCUGGGCUCCGCGCCGCCGCGGGGGGCGGGGCUGGGGGGGCGGCGGGCCCCGCUGGCGGCGGUGGGGGCGCUGGCCGGGCUGGGGCUGGGGCUGUGGCGGCGGCAGCAGCAGGCCGCGAUGGCGGCGUCCGAGGAGGACGAGGAAGAGAAGGAGGAGGAGGAGCAGCGACAGCGGUUCAUGGCGCCGCCGGUGAGCGGGCUGCGGGAGCUGCGGCGGCGGCGGCGGGAGCUGCGGAGCCGCAUGGAGCUGCUCAUCAUGGAGACGCAAGGGGAGGUGUGCCGCGCCCUGGCCGCGCUGGACCCCGGCGCCACCUUCGCCGUCGACACCUGGGAGAGGAAGGAAGGCGGAGGCGGCAUCAGCUGCGUGCUGCAGGACGGCGAGGUCUUCGAGAAGGCGGGUGUGAACGUGUCCGUCGUGUUCGGGCUCCUGUCCGAGGAAGCAGCGCGGCAGAUGAGAAGCAGGGGGAAGUCUCUGAAGGCCAAAGACGGGAAACUGCCUUUUUGCGCCAUGGGUGUGAGCUCUGUUAUCCAUCCGAAGAACCCUCAUGUUCCAACCAUGCACUUCAACUACAGAUACUUUGAAAUUGAGGAAGCAGACGGAACUAAACAGUGGUGGUUUGGUGGUGGGACUGACCUCACUCCAACUUACUUGAAUGAAGAGGAUGCCGUUCAUUUUCACAAGACUCUGAAAGAAGCCUGUGACAAGCAUGAUCUGAAGCUGUAUCCCAAGUACAAGAAAUGGUGCGAUGACUACUUCUAUAUCAAGCACCGUGGCGAGCGAAGAGGGAUUGGAGGCAUAUUCUUUGACGACGUGGACUCUCCCUCCAAGGAGGAAGUAUUCCAGUUUGUGAAGAGUUGUGCCAAAGCUGUUGUGCCUUGUUACAUUCCCAUUGUGAAAAAGCACUGCCAUGACUCCUUCACACCGGAGGAAAAGCUAUGGCAGCAGCUUCGGAGAGGACGGUAUGUAGAGUUCAACUUGGUUUAUGACAGAGGUACAAAGUUUGGCCUCCUGACACCAGGAUCAAGAAUUGAAAGCAUUCUUAUGUCUCUGCCACUGACUGCAAGGUGGGAGUACAUGCACACCCCUCCAGAGAGCUCGAAAGAAGCAGAAAUCCUGGAGGUUCUGCGCAAUCCCAAAGACUGGGUGCACUGACACACAUCGUGAACAAGAUGGAUUGCUUACACUGAGCCAUUAUGAAAGAACAGGAACGCCUGCAAACCAGCUGAUUCAAACUGCUGUUGCAUGGCGGUUUAGUAUAGCUAUUUAUACUCUUACCUGGUGCCUUAAUAAUGCUGUAGACUUGUUAUAACUUGCAAAUAUGUGAACUCAUUCUUUAAGAUUGAUCAGCUAGUGUUAUCACCCCUUAUUGAUGUUGCCUUGUAAAGGACUGGCGAUACCCUCACAGGACUACUGUGCAUGCUUAAGAACUUCCUCAACUGAUUUGUUUGACUGCAAAAUGGCAAACCACUGUGAACAUUUCUCCCAGUGGAAUGAAAGCAUUAUCUGUGCCUAAAUAGCACUGCUUACUCUUAGAAGAUGUUGGGAUGUUCUAGAAAUAUUUUUUUAAAGAAUAAAGGGAAUAUUUGGUAUGAUUUUAAACCUCAAACUCUGCUUUCAGUAAGUUGUGAAAAAGGUGGUACUUAAUCACAUGUAUUUUGAUGCUGUCCACAUUGACUUGGG